GCACCGGGAGCCCAAACAUCAUCUGCUCGGCCCUCCCGACCCACUGGCGCUCCAAUAAGACGCUUCCCGUGGCCUUCAAAGUGGUGGCGUUGGGAGAGGUGUCGGACGGAACGGUAGUCACGAUUAAAGCGGGCAAUGACGAGAACUGGUGCGGAGAACUCAGGAAUGCCUCCGCCAUCAUGAAGAACCAGGUCGCCAAGUUCAAUGACCUUAGAUUUGUCGGCAGGUCCGGACGGGGCAAAAGUUUUUCGCUGACAAUCACCGUCAGUACAAACCCACCACAGGUUGGCGUAUACGCCAAAGCCAUUAAAGUGACGGUGGAUGGGCCCCGGGAACCUAGAAGUAAAACCACAAUGAUGACCCCGUGCUGGCCCUUCCCGGGACCCCAGCAACAGCUGCGGGCAUUCGCAUCGGCCUUUGGACACCAUGCGGCCACUCAACGGCCGUUUAUGGACGCCCGGGGCUGUCCGUUGCCUCCCCUCCCGUGUGCGGCUGAGUGGCGAUUGGCCGCCAAGAGUCAGGCCGAGCAGUGGGCCCUUCACGCGGCCGCUGCCGUCGCCGCUGAACUGCCCCGACGUUUCCCAACACAUCAUUCACAAGAUGGAAAAACAAAACAGUCGUUUAGGAUCUCUUCACUUCACACACAGUCAGCCGUUAGUCGUCUUAAAGAGAAUAUCAUAGUUAAGCGUUUCGAGAUGCCAUUCCCCCAUACGUGCCGGAUAACCAUCGUAUGGAUCAACCAGUACUCCAUAUGA